AUGACAUGUCAAAAUGUGUUCCCCAACACUGUCCUGGAAUGCAACCCCACAGCAAUGCCAGGAGUCACUGCCAACUCAGGACACCUGCAGCCACCCCACACCUCACUGCAGAAUGGAAUUGGUUCCAUUGUCCAGUAUUUUCCCAAAACCUUGGUAUCGGUGUGCUAUGAAGACUACUACGGACCAGGAACAACAGUGACAGUAAAACCAUGGAUUGAGUCUCUGGUAGAAUCCGGGGGAGCUGUGAAGCCAGCCGGGGAAUCUCUUCAUCUCUCCUGCACAGCCUCCAGCUUCAUCUUUGGGAACUCUGAGAUGGCUUGGUACCGGCAAGCUCCUGGGCGAGAACCAGAAUGGGUCUCCCACAUUGAUCCCUUCCAGAGAAACCCGCGGUAUUCAGAGGCCGUGAGAGGUCGCUUCUCCAUCUCCAGAGACAACGCCAAAGGCCAGCUGUACCUGCAGAUGGAUAAUCUGCAAGUUGGAGACAGUGGCCGGUAUUAUUGUGUGAGACUCACAGAGAAAGACAAUAGUGCACAGCUAGCUUUCAGAACUGGAACAGAGGUUAGAGUGGAACCAAGAGCCCAAGCUGAAUCCCAGCCCACGGUCUUCAUUCUGAGAAAUCAGAGCUUUGCUGGUUGCCUGGUGAAGGAUUUCUACCCCAAGGAGCUGAGCCUGACUCUGUUUGCACCUCACCCCCCACUCAUGGAGCCUCUCCAGGCUACGGUCCCUUCCUCCCAGGAAACCUACACCACCGUCAGGAUCGGACAAUUCAGCGAAGCUGAUAUGGUGAUCUGCUCUGUGCGGCAUGGCUCCAAGCAGAUAAAUGUGAUCGAAGGGCAGGAUGCAGCCCCAGUACAUCCCGGUUCAAGAAAGUCCAGGCAGUCUGACCCCGCACAUCCAGAAAGAAGAUACGCAGAACAUCCUGGUUCAGAAAAUCCUGAUGAAUCUGUCCUCACCUGUUCAGAACAGAGCAUCACAGGAGACCGUGAGUGGGGCAACACACUGUCCAUUUUCAUUCUGGCGCUCAGAGUCCUGCUCGUGAAAAGUGUAGCACUCAACCUUCUUCUGACAGUCCAGGCCUCGUGCUGCUGAGGCUGUUGGAGCCUCCUAUCUGGAACAACACCACCUGCUACCCUUUCUUUCCACUGGCCCUGAAUCACUUCCCUCCCCAGUGUCUGGAACAAAGACCUGUUGCUGACUCAU